CCUCCCGUCUGAGUCAGGAUGCUGGAACCAGAGGCCACACCCCGGCACCCCAUGGGCCCUGGUUUACCAGGCUCCUUCACUGUGCAGAGGCAGUGCUGUGGGGCCCUGGCAUGGGCCGCACCAACUUCCUGUUGGGCCUGUGGUCCCAGGCAGUUUGCUGUGCAGCAGACGAGUGACUUCGCCUCCGCCACAGACACAUGGAACAUGGUCUCGACUGGCAUUCCGGUUCAGGAGCAGAACUUUCCCUCCGUGAAAAAGCAAGCAGGUCUGGACCACUGAGGCCGGCUCCAUGUAUCCAGAAUCAACCACGGUCUCCCCAGCUCGGCAUUCCUUGCGGCAGACGGGCUCCCCCGGGAUGGUCUACAGUACUAGGUAUGGGAGCCCCAAAAGACAGCUCCAGUUUUACAGAAACCUGGGCAAGUCUGGCCUGCGGGUCUCCUGCCUGGGGCUUGGAACAUGGGUGACCUUCGGAGGCCAGAUCACUGACGAGAUGGCAGAGCAGCUCAUGACCUUGGCCUACGACAACGGCAUCAACCUCUUCGAUACUGCCGAAGUCUACGCAGCUGGCAAGGCUGAAGUGGUGCUAGGAAGCAUCAUCAAGAAGAAAGGAUGGAGGCGGUCCAGCCUGGUCAUCACCACCAAGAUCUUCUGGGGCGGAAAAGCGGAGACUGAGCGGGGCCUCUCCAGGAAGCACAUCAUAGAAGGUCUGAAGGCUUCUCUGGAGCGGCUGCAGCUGGAGUACGUGGAUGUGGUGUUCGCCAACCGCCCGGACCCCAACACACCCAUGGAAGAGACCGUGCGGGCUAUGACCCAUGUCAUCAACCAGGGGAUGGCCAUGUACUGGGGCACGUCGCGCUGGAGCUCCAUGGAGAUCAUGGAGGCCUACUCGGUGGCCCGGCAGUUCAACCUGAUCCCGCCCAUCUGCGAGCAGGCGGAGUACCACAUGUUCCAGCGCGAGAAGGUGGAGGUGCAGCUGCCGGAGCUGUUCCACAAGAUAGGAGUGGGCGCCAUGACCUGGUCCCCUCUGGCCUGCGGCAUCGUUUCCGGAAAGUAUGACAGUGGCAUCCCACCCUACUCCAGAGCGUCCUUGAAGGGCUACCAGUGGCUGAAAGACAAGAUCCUAAGUGAGGAGGGCCGGCGCCAGCAGGCCAAGCUGAAGGAGCUACAGGCCAUCGCAGAGCGCCUGGGGUGCACCCUCCCCCAGCUGGCCAUAGCCUGGUGCCUGAGGAACGAGGGGGUCAGCUCUGUGCUCCUGGGUGCUUCCAAUGCAGAACAGCUCAUGGAGAACAUUGGAGCAAUACAGGUCCUUCCAAAACUGUCGUCUUCCAUCAUCCACGAGAUCGAUAGCAUUUUGGGCAAUAAACCCUACAGCAAAAAGGACUACAGAUCCUAAGUCUCCCCACCACCUGCUCGGACAGUUUCCGGUUCCCUCCUCGUCUGUUCGCUCGCUUAUGCUGUUUCGACGCCAAGCACAGAGUGGGGUUUGUAUCCAAGAGAAAACGCCACGCCCAGACGGCACGGGAGAUGAUCUCCAGUCGCUGCCAGAUGCCACCCGCUGCUUCCCCAGACGACAUCCGGCUUGAGCCAGGGAGAUGGCAUUGGUUAGGAAGGACACUCGAGCAGUCCCACCCGAGCCUGCCGCCUCUGCUCAUCCUGGGAGAGGAAACCAAGCUUUCUCCCAGCCAUGACCCUUCAUGACAAUUCCCAAAGUCACAGCCAGGCAGAGACCUGGUUGGGUCCUCAGGGCAGGCAGGGUUGGCCUCUCCCCUGCCAAGAACCCCCACCUGGGAAGAGGUCCAGCACUUCCCAGAGCCCCCUCUGCCAGGGCUCUGGUGGCUGGGGUGGGGCUCUCUACUGGGGACGUCUUCAGCCUCCCUCUUUCUGUGGGCUCCAGGUACUUUGUGCUGGGCCCAACCUCAGAACCCUCCCCGCAGCCUUCUCCACCCUGCCCUGCCCUGCAGGCCCUACUCACCUGGCCCUUGGACCCCACCCCACCCUUGCUGGCAGGGGCAGGGACCCCAGGGGGAUUGGCUCUGUGGUUCGGGACCCAUAAAAGUUUGAGGGUUUCACGUCUAGAUAAUUGUCCCUCCCACCGUCUUCCACUCUGCCCACAAUUGAUAAGCCCCACGCCACAGAGGCCCGGAGUACACGGAAGGGUCCCAGUGGAAUGGGCCCCUCUGUCCGAGCCACAGAAGGCCUGUGGUCAAGCAGUUAGCCACACAGUGGCUCUGACCACCCUGCGGGCAGGCACCGUCGGCAGGGCCCAUGUGCACGAGGCUGCAUUCCUCUCGCUCCACGAGACCCUUCUCUAACACCUCUGUCCCGUCCCAGGGUCGUGGGUUCUGCACAAAGAACGUGCUUAGACCCAGGGAGGGUCUCUGGGGAUUCCAUGCUGCAGGCCCAAGACUAAGGGCUGUGCCACAGCAACAGUCCCCACAACACAGGAAAAGACCCCAGGGACCCUCUCCCUGCAGCAAUGGUCGGGGCUUGUUAUUCCCCUCCACAUGCCCCUGCCCGGGUCUAGGAUAGGCUGGUGAAAGGGAGGGAAAACAAGAGCGUCAGCCCCUUUGCAAGUGGGGGAGAGGUUGGGGGAUGAUGGCCAGAAAGCCUACAGGCUUGGGGGGACGUGACGCCUGGAGGCCCCGUCCUGUGGCCCCAUGGCCCUAAGUGGUACCCAGCCUUUGCGGGCUCUGUGGGAGCGGGUGCCCAUCCAGGCCGGCUGGCUCCACAGAGGCCCUGGGCAAGCCAGGCUGGCCCCACGCCCUCCAGCAUGGGCACAUCUGCUCCUGCUUUGCCCUUCAGAGGAGCUGCUGUUCCGAGGCUCCUCCCUGCCACCUCCAAGGGCUGCCGUCCAGUCCUGGCUGAGUGAAGGCCUGGGAAACCAGCUGUAGGAAAACCACAGAGGAGGGGGAGGUGGCCAGCAAGGGAGGGGGGAGGGCAUUACUGACCCUCCUGAUGGCCCUGGAGUCUAGAACCUUUACCCCUGCCCACAGACAGGCCCUGGGGGCUCCUCCACCGAGACCUGCCUCACCAGAAGCAGCCUCUGGGUAUGGAGAGGGUACUGUCCUCUCAACUGAGGCCACUGGGCUGAGCCCACUGCCCUCUGUGCUGCUCCAAGGGUGCGUCCGGCAGUGGGCCAGAGGGUGGCCUGCAGGGUCAGGUGGCCACCCCUCACCGGCAGGGAGGCCCUGGGAAGGCGGACUGCAGUGUGCAGUGGUGCCCGCCGCGGGGGCUGUGCUGCCACGGAAGGGGAGGCAGGGGCUGGUGGGCAGGCCACAGCCCACGGGUGCACACCCUGCCCAGAGCCCAGUGGCACCUCCAGCAACAUGGCCCUGAAGUCUCUCUUCCCCUGGCACCUCUUGCAGGGAGGACGCUGCUUCCUGGGGGUGGCCCCCAGUAGGGGAGGUUGGAGUGAGGCAGGAGGUCGGCAGGGCUUCUGCAGAAGGAGCAGAGACCUGAGGGCAGACUGAGCGCGGAGCGGGAGAGCUGGCCCGGCCUCAUGGGCACCAGCAAUGGGCUCUGUCCCUGGGUGCCAGGCCUCGCCCCCUGGGCCUGGAUGCCGGCCGGCCCCGCCUGGCCAGCCUCCGGCACCCCCCACCUCUCCUGGAAGCAGUUUGCCCAGGCAGGGGCCCUGCCAGGCGGGCUCGACAUAGGAAGAGGGCCCAGUUUGGGGGAUCAGCCUUCCCUGGGGGCAGCAGAACCCCGCUACUGCUCACAGAAGACACAUGGUCAGAUCCGAGGUCCCGAGGAAGGGCGGGGCAGCUGGCCACCCUGUUCUCAGCCAGUCGUGUAAAUCCCUUUUCUAAUGACCGUGGUCCCCGGCUACUGCGUUCCCCACCAGGCAGACUGCCGCGCCUCAAGCUUCCCAACCAGACUCAGACCGGGACACAGCCGCGUAUUUAUGGAAUGACAAAUAAAACCCAAGCCUG